AGACUAUUGAAAGCAGCACAACGCUUCCAGCGCUCGUUCGCAACUUUUGACAGCAACAUUCCUUUACUACAACACUUCACUAUGUCCGAUACGCUGGGCGAAAGUCUUAUCCGGAAUCUUAUCAACCUGGGUUUAGAGGAGCCGUUUCUAAACCUAUCCCGCCCGGUCGCACCGAAGAGCGUCAGCUCCGAGCGGCUCACCGACGACGUCUGGCCGGCGGACACCUGGAGCCAACCCAGCAACCCCCAGUUUCCUAUUAAAGCAGACCGAUCCAUGAGUCUGACUGACACCCUCAACAGAAUGAAGCCCCAUGACGUGCCCCCACCGCCCGGAUUUCCCCCGCUGGCACCCCUGCCCUCGAACCGGUACAAGACCGAGCUGUGCCGAAGCUUUCAAGAGCACGGCAGCUGCAAAUACGGCAGCAAAUGUCAGUUCGCACACGGCGAGAGCGAGCUGCGAGGGCAGUACCGUCAUCCCAAAUACAAAACUCAAGCCUGUCGCACUUUCUACCAGUUUGGAUACUGUCCGUACGGAAGCCGCUGUCACUUCCUCCACGACAAGGAAAACUCUCUGCCGCUCGACCAGAACCCGCGUCAGCUGCGUCAAAGCGUCAGCUUCGCCGGUUUCACUCGCAGCAACUCUCCCCCGACUUUAUACGAGCCCCUGAGCUUCACCCGUGCGCCUUCGGUCUCUCCUCCUCCCGCUGAUAUCUUGUCCCCGGUCUUCAGCGACUCUUCCCGCGACAUGUUCCUCUUCAGCCGUCACAGUACCGGAGAUAUCUACAGCAACGCGCCCUUCACGCCAGAGCCUCGGUCGCGGUGUGUCUGCGGACACGGAAAUAACUUCCAGGGCUCCAGCAAUGGGCUGUACAUGAAGGAAGACCUGAGCAAAGCCAACCUGCAGCGCUUUUCCUCGGAAGACUCGCUGUCAGACCGUGAAAGUUACAGCAGCACCGGCAGCUCCAGCGGCUCCGAGUCUCCCUCCUUCGACGGCUCGAGCGGGAAGCGCCUGUCUGUUUUCACGCGGAUGUCUGUGUCUGACUGAGGAGGACUUUACCACCACUCCUUCCCAAUCAUUCAAUCAGUCAAAAAUAAUGUGCAACGAGUUUUAAUACUGUUAAUUUAUUAUAUAUAUAUAUAUAUAUAUCGCUAAAGGAGAUUAUUUUGAUACCAAGCUACCCUCCAAAGCCUAAGCAGACAUGGUUUUUAUAACGGUAUAAUAUUAGCCAUUUUCUGUGACAUUGUCUUCCAUUUGCUUUUGCUUUUCUUGCUUUUCGACGUUUUUUUUGGCAGUAAGCAUUGCAGCAAGUGCCUUAAAAUAUCAUAACCUAUGCUAGUGGCAUAAGAAGAGCUUGUGUCAAAUAUAUAUAUAUAUAUAUAUAUAUAAUGUAUGGGUGUGGCUAUAGAAUUAUGUAUGUAUAUAUAUCAUAUAUCCAGUUUGUGAAUUAGGGGGUUGACUUUUUAAAGGAAUUUCUGGCCAUUUUUGGAAGAAGUCAGUUCCCCAAAUAAUUUGCAACUUGUGUAUAUCUACCAACAAUGUGACAAAGUUAAGAAAAUGACCAUACAUUCACUCACAAAGAAUGCACUUUACAAAUCAAUACCGGGUGAAUGUUUCCAUGUAGCAUUUUAACCAAAGCAUUAUGAUGUUAGGUACCUGUUUUGUACAAGAAAACUAAGAAACAAACCUAAAAACCAUAUAUUUAUAUUGGACAAGAGCUGUCAAGUUAAUGUUUUGACAACCCUGGUUGGGUCCUUACUCAAGGAAACUUGUCUUUUAUCAGGGACUGUAACAAUACAGUAUUUCUGUAGAAUAGUUUGCUUUGUUUGCAAUGUUUUUUGUAAUUGUAUAGACCUAACUAAUAUAUUUAUUAAGUAUUUAUUGAAGGUAUAGCAAUGUAUUUUUUACUUAUUUAUCAACAUGUGUCAUGGCCUUUGAAAAAAAUCAAGAAGUGUUGACACGAAAUGAUGGAAACUAUUUCAAUUGACCAAAAUAAUGUAAUAAAUGCAAAUUGUG